CAUGGCAGUGAGGAUCCUGCUUCUCCUGGUUGGGCUGGCUUUGGGGGUGCGGGGUGACGUCAGGGCCCGGGACCCCGAGGUGGAGGACGAGCCCAGGACCGUCCCGGGACACGGGGGCUGGGAGCACCUCAUCCCCGGGGUUUUCGGGACGCACCGGCGCAGCGGACCCCAUGGGCACCGACCGGCCACCCCCGGACCCGCACACCAGCCCCAGGGCCACGGGCCACCCCUCCCGGGACCGGAGCACCUCCCUGUGGGACACCGCCCACCCCACGCAGACCCUGAGCACCACCCUCUGGGGUAUGGACCCUCUCUAGGCGCACCUGAAUACCCCCUGCUGGGUCACAGGACCCCCGCUGAGGGACCGCCGCACCACCCCCUCGCCCACGGGCCACCGCCCAGCGGACCUGCUUUCGUCCCCCCAGGCCUAUCAGAAGAGCCCCUCCCCACCGGAGACGGCAGGACCCAGCAGUACCCAGCCCGCACAGGGAACUGGUGUGCCUUCGUUCACCAUCGAGUCGUGACCACGGCGGUUUCCUGUGGCACGGAGAAGUACACCAUCAAGUCCCAGAGCCCCUGUCCCAACGGCACGCCCGACUGCCAGCUGGUCAUGUACAAACUGUCCAGUCGCCCAGUGUACAGGCAGGAGCAGAAGAUUUUCACCGCCCUUCUCUGGAGAUGCUGUCCUGGUCACGGGGGACACAACUGUGAGGAAACAGUCGCAGACGGACACACCAGUGACCUCGGCAACCGGACGACAGGAAGUGGGCUGCCAGGGCCGUCGGCGGCCCACCACCCAGCGGCUGAGAGGUUGUCACAGCCGGCUGGGGACCAGACCUGGGAGCAGAAUGAUUUCCAGCACCCCGGCGGCCCAGCGUUUGACCGACAGCACCCUAACACAGAGCCCAGCGCUGGCGCCUUCACCUCCACACCUCACCUGGACCUGUCCGGCUCCGAGCACAGACGCAGAUACCACCAGGGCGCGGAUCCUGAGUACGGCCCCGACCCUGACUACGACUACGACCACGACCGCGACCGCGACCAUGACCACGACCAGGGUCAGGAGCACGGGCGGGGGGAGAACCGUGAACAGGACCACGGUCAAAGCCAUCACCAAAGCCCUAGAGAACGGGAGCACAGCCGACACCAGGACAAGGACCGUGCGCGGCACCAUGGCCAGGACCAUGACCAAAAACCCUACCGUCACCAUGACCCCAACCAUGUGGGCCGGGUCGACCAUGACCAUGACCAGGACCAGGACCAGGACCAGGACCAGGACCAGGACCAGGACCAGGACCAGGUCCAUGAGCGGGUCCGUAUCCACCAUCGGGUGGCGGACCGCGACCAGGACCACAGCCAGAACCAUGAAUACCCACACCAGGACCGCGACCACAGCCAGAGAGGCCCGGGCGGGGAGGAUUUUGCACCGGGUGUUUCGGCCGGCCCCGACUCCCCCCAGCUCUCGUCCCUGCCCCUCCUGAUGCAGGCGCUGAUGGCCCAACUCUGGCCCGUCCUGAACGGCUUCAAUCGGACGCUGGAGCACCUGUCGCGGGAGGUGGGCGGCCUGUCCCGGGACCUGGCCCGGCUGAAGCUGGAGAGAGAGGGUCGUGGUGGGGCCUCGGGGGGGUCCGGCAGGGGAGAGAUGGGGGACUUCGAGGGCAAGCUGGACGAGAGUCUCUACCAGCUGGAGCAGGUGCGGGAGGAGCUGAGGCACCAGAGAGGAGAGCUGGAGGACCGCAUACACGCCCAGCAGGCCAUGAUGCACUACAACCUGACCAACUUCAAGACCGACACCGACGUCAAGAUCAAGCGCAGCCAGAAGAUGAUACAGGUCCAUCUCCUCUCCCUCAACACCUCCUUGGCCGAGGUGAAGCAGAAUCAGGAGCAGCUGGAGCAGGAGGUGCAGAGAGGAGGUCCGCAUCGCAGCCAGCACACGGAAGCGCCCGCAGUCUGGACGGCCAUCGACAGGCUGGACACCCAGGUGGUGAACAACACGGUGAAGGUCAACGCUCUCCUGGAGGACCUGGACCUGACCACCGGAAACAUCCGGGACCUGCAGAGGGGCUUCCGGGGCCUGGAGGACCGCAUCGGCCAGACGGGCCGCCAGAGCCAGAUCCUGUUCAUGGAGACGGGCCUGGAGGUGGAGGCGGCCAAGGUGGAGGUGCUGAACCGCGUCACCGAGCUGGCCAGCAACCUCACCCUCCAGGAGGAUCAGCUGAAGGAGAUGGAGUCGGACCUGGACUACCUCUACACGCAGUUCUACAGGGUAAACUCCACCGGCAAGGACUGCGACUGCAAGGCCUUGGGGGCCAGCUUGGCCCAGCUGGAGGUGGAGGUGGCCAACGUCUCCAAAAUGAUGGAUGAGAAUCGCCAGGAAUUUUCAGAGGGGCAAGACCAUUGGGACAUGGGUGGGGACACCUUGGCGGAGGACCUGAAACACGAUCUGCUGCAGGUUAAGGAGAGCCUGGCCUUUGAGCAGAACCAGAAUCGGGUGAUGCGCCACAAUGUCUCCCUGCUGCAGGCCUCCUCCUGGGUGAGUCAGCAGGAGAUCCACACUCUGCAGGAGAGCGACAAGAGGAAGGCCACUGAGAUGAGGCGGCUGGCCAGCUCCUUCUCCUCCCUCCUGAAGGACGCCAUCCGGCACACGGAGGUGCUGGAGGUCCUGCUGGGCGAGGAGGUGCUGGAGUUCAAAGACCGACCCUUAGCCGAGCAGGAGGAGUACUCCAUCCCGGUGCUCCGGGACAGGAUCCAGCAAACGCUGGUGCAGAUCAAGCACCAGAACUUGAGCCUGAACUCGCUGUGGAAGUCUGUGCAGGAGGCCGACCUGCCCGCGGGGGACCAGGCCUUGGGGCAUAGUGAGCCGGGAUCCAGGGGUCUGAGGAUGCGCAGUGAAGACCCCCUGGAGGAGGGCCUCCCGUAUUCCCCUAUGGGAGACCGCCCCGACUACUCGGUCAGCGAUUUCUGGAGCCUGGGGAAAGAGGUGGAGGACCUGGAAGCCAAGGUGAGCCGGCUGGAGGAGCAGCGGUGCAUCUCCUGCUGCAACUGCACCAAAAACACUGCCCCAAGUGGCCCGGUGGAGGAAUUGCAAGGUGAAGUGGCGUUGCUGCGCAGGGGCCUGGAGGACCACCUGCGGGUGUUCAAAAAUAUCUUCAGCGAUAUGGACGGCCUGGCAGACUCCGAUGGUACCCUGGAACUGGACAAGCUCUGGGCUCUGAUCAAGAAGAAAGAGGCAAAGAAGCAGAGGAGGGCCCAAAAAGAGAAGAUGGCGGACCAGAGAGAGAGUCACGGGGGCAGGAAACUUGACCUCCGCAGCAGGAGGGACGCAUCUCUGGCGACAGCGGCACUCACCCAGGCCACAGACGUGCCCCUCAUGUUCCUGGCCGGUACCCACGGCGGCGCCAGCGAGGCGGGCACGGUGAUCUUCGAGGAGGUGCUCCUGAACCACGGGCAGAUGUACUCGGAGGAGACGGGGACGUUCCGUGCGCCCACCGCGGGGGUCUACCUCUUCAUACUGACUGUGGACUUCGGGCCAGGCCCCGCUUUGGCCCGCCUGAAGAGAGGCGAAGUGACGGCCGCCACCUUCCGCCAGAACCUGAGGGAGUCGGCGGGGCCAACGUCCCGCCUGUUCCUCCUCGAGCUGGAGCGGGGCGAGCAGCUUCGCUUCGAGCUGUCGGAGGGAACGGUUCAGCAAAGCAACGUGGCGGACAACACUUUCGCCGGACUCCUACUGUUCAGGAACACCUGAAGCCCGGCCGAAACGCCGCUAAUGGGCGUAAACCGAUAACGGUGCCCCGACAGAUCGAGAAAUCGUUGGACAGCUGCUACCUUACAGUGUUUCCGUCUUACAGAGUCGAAUGAUGAUUCCAAUUCAAAAUGCAUACUUUUGGUCUUUAUAAUAGAAAUGUGUGAAAGUUGCUACUGCAAUGACUGGUAAAAUGAUUGAGGAUUUAGCCUACAAUCAUUAAUCUGAGAGAAAAGGACAGUCAACCGCUCAGUAACUCAUGGGCUGACCUCUCGUGAUUCAAAGCCAGCAGCCUGGGUGUGAAGCACACACACACACGCGCGCGCGCGCACACACACACACACACCCACGCAAAUCUCCAAACCCACUUUCAAGAAAUACGAAUCACAAAACCGGGCUUUCAGUGAUGAUCAAGAGAAGGAUGUCAAAGUGCAGGCCCACAGACAGUAAAUAAUGUGUUUCAUGUAAGAGUCACGAUAACACGCAGUUGUGCAACCCUGGGGAGUACGCCGGUAACAUUCUUAUCUGCUGUGCCAGUGACCACACUGAUUCCUGGAACUGCCUCUAUUGCCUCACAUUCAGCAGACCUUUGACAAACGAACAACAUAGAUUUGCAUAGCCUGUCAAACCUUACACAAUAAGAUGAAUGCGAAUAAAACUACAUAUUACAUGCAGGCUGACUAUGCCCAUGGACACAAUUGUUGAUGCAAUUACUAUUUCUGUCCACCAGGUGGUGCACGAGACUAUAUUGAGAUUGAAAACCUGGCCACUUCUGUUCUGUUGCGUGUUUAUUUUACAAGCUCAAAUUCAACUACACCCACACACUUACAUUUAGAAAACCCCUGAAGUGACAUUUAAAUUUUAGUAUCCAUGGUUUUUCUUGUACCUUCACAGUAAGGGAGUGAAAACUGUGGUUUCACAUGGUAUCCAGUUCCUCAGCCCAAGUCAAAACUUACACCCAGACACCUUAAAACAUUGGAAAUAACGACCAGAGACAAGACCACAUUUUUGUGUACUAAAAUAAGGUUAUUUACUUAAAAAUUGAUACAUUGGACAUAAUCUGUGUACAGUUGUUUUCCUUGGUAAACUUAAUAAGGCACCUUUUAAAAUCAGAUGCUGUACAAAAGACACUCAAGAGUAACAUUUUAGAGGUUAUUCUAUAUAGUUCUGCAUACAUCACAGGCGGAGAGAGAGAGAGAGAGAGAGAGAGAGAGAGAGAGAGAGAGAGAGAGAGAGAGAGAGAGAGACGGGUAACUGCUCUGUGGUGCCUCCAUUUUCAAUAACUAUGUACAGCUAAGUUUAAUUAAUUACAGUGAUAUUCCUUUACAAACACUUAAAAUGAAUUGGGAGCAUGGUUUCGGCGAACAGACAGCUUGUGCAGAACAGUCACAGGGUAUGAAACAUAAAAAGGGUGUUGUGUAUCUUAUUUUUAAUCAUGUGAGGGGCUAAGCAGACACUUGGAAGUCGCACAAAGCAAAGAGAAAUGGACACACAGCGAGAUUUACACUGGCGGGCAAACCGCAUUUAUCAAUCACGCAGGCUACAAUGGUUUGAUUGUACGUUGAUCCAAACACACUUGAAACAGUCAAGGGUGGCUGAGGACUACGCGUUUUCAUCAACUACACGCUCUUUGAUGAUGCAGAACUUGUACUAGCUUAAUCUGCCUCUGCAACACGCUGUUGAUAGUAGAGUAAACUGGUGCGAGAUCUACAAAGCUUGCAUUGAUAGGACUGGAUGCAAUUAAAAGUUGUUUUUUUUCUUUUACACCACUUGUACAUAUAUUUUCCUAAGCAGAUACAAAAAUACAAUUAUUUCACGGAUUCACUCAUACAAGUUUUUUUUUUUUAGUGCACAACAUUUUUUAAUGCAUGUAUUUAUUCCUAAUAUAAUAUGUUGUCUCACAUGCAUUAAUCAAACCCAAACAAUGUUAACAGAAAUGUGGCUUUAAUGUGGAGCCACGGCUUUCUUUUUUUGUCAUUAUAUGUAUUUCUACUCUGGAUAUUACACUAGCGUCGAGUUAAAAUAUCAAUUUGUUCUUUUAAGUUAAUAAAAGAAGCUUUUUUU